CCCGACGUUUCAAAGCGCGGGGUUCGUUUUUGAAAUUGACCAGAGCCGCGGCGGCGGAUGGGGUGCACGCUGUGCACGAUGACGGUGGGCGAACCAGUUGCUGGUGUGCCAACAGCAGCAUCGUCCGAGCGGCAGUUGGAGUUGGAACGCUCGGAAGCGCGAGUCCAACGUGGCGUCACGAGUGUGACGGAAGGGGUAGUCGAGCUCAUGUUGCGAGGUCGACGCCAGGGCAUCUUCAACGACGACUCAGACGAUGGAGCAGCGGCUGUCGACACGGACGAUGUAGACGUCGAUGUUCCAGUCACGCUCUCCAUGGAAGACACGCUACUGAUUGUCGAGUCGUUGCGCGCAAACGAACUGUUUUCGUGCCUCGAACCGUCGCAACUCAACAUCCUUGCAAAGCGCAUGACGUUGCGCCGCGUACAAGGCGGAGAAUUCGUGUACUCACAAGGAGACCUUGGCGACACGUUCUACAUUAUCAAGUCAGGCCACUUCGACGUGACGACAAACGACGAUCGAUUGCGUGCACUCGUGGUCGGCAACUCGUUUGGCGAACUCGGCUUGUUGUACAAGUGCAUUCGCUCCGACACAGUUGGACUGAGCGACGAAGGCGGGAACGUUGGCGAGUUGUUUUGCUUGAAGGGCCGAACAUUUCGAGACAUCGUGGCGAAAAUGUCGACGGGGUCGAUCAACAUCUCAAAGGAUGCACUGCGCAGAGUCUCGCUGCUCGAAUCGCUCACGGAAAGCCAACUCGACACCGUUGCCGAAGCGGUCCGAGCGUUGCAUUUUCGAGAAGGAGACAUCAUCGUGCGCAAGGGCGAGCAAGGAAAUGUCUUGUACAUGAUCCAAGCGGGCACGGUCGUUUGCACGGACAUUGGGGCAUUGAAUGACAUUGAGCUCGGCGACGGCGACUACUUUGGCGAACGCGCCUUGAUCAAGGAUGAGCCUCGCGCCGCGACAGUGUAUGCCAAAACGGACGUCCACGUCAUGGCGCUCGAUCGCGGCGUGUUUACGACCGUGCUUGGCCCGCUCCACGAGAUCAUCAAGCACAACCUCAUGAUGCGAUCGGUCCAGAGCAUUCCCCUACUCAAAGACCUCUCCGACGUUCAAAAGCAACAGCUCAUCGAGCGAACGCCGUUGGUCCCGUUCGCGCCAAACCAAGCCAUUUUGACGGAAGGCGAGGUCGGCAACGACUUUUACAUCGUCGUCAGUGGCAAGGUCCAUGUAACGCAAGCCGCGGGCGAUCGCGUCGUGCACUUGAACACGCUGUCGUGCGGCGAUUACUUUGGCGAAAAGGCUGCGCUCCAGCACGUACCCGCGCGGCGGAAUGCAACCGUGACGGCCGCCACCGCCGUGGAAUGCCUCGUUGUCGACCCCACGCUCUUCCAGUCGAUCAGGGAGCCCAUCCAAACAGCGCUCGAGUCCAACAUGGACGCAAGAAACCAAAUGAGCCAAGACAAGAUCUUUGCCGCGUCCAUCACGGUGGCGUCCCUCGAACGGAUCAAGGUCCUCGGCAUCGGGUCGUUCGGCCUCGUGUACAUUGCGCGGCACACGCCGUCGGGCCGGUUCGUGGCGGUGAAGGAAAUGUACAAGGCCCGGUUGGAAUCAUCCAAGCAAAUGGGGCACGUCCUCGCCGAGAAGGAGCUCCUCAGCACGUUUCACCAUCCAUUCGUUCUCAAGUUCCUUGUCGCGUUGCAAGAAGAGCGAAAAGUGUACAUCGUGACCGAAUCGUUGAUGGGCGGCGAGCUCUUCCAACGAAUUGUAAACGCUGCCGGCGUCCCGACCCCGCUCCCCAUGCCGCACGCGCGAUUUUACGCGGGUUGUGUCGUCAAGGCGCUGAAAUACCUCCACACGCGCAACGUGGCGUACCGCGACCUCAAGCCCGAAAACAUACUCCUGGACAACCACGGAUAUGCCAAGGUUGUCGACUUUGGGUUUGCCAAAAAGGUGACGAAAAAGACGUACACGUUGUGUGGCACCCCCGAGUACUUGGCGCCUGAGAUCGUCAUGGGGAUCGGCCACGGGUGCAUGGUGGACAACUGGGCGCUCGGCAUCUUGAUCUUCGAAAUGGUGAUGGGCGACUCGCCGUUUGCCGACGCCAAGGACGACCACAUGACGAUCUGUCGGUCGAUUUUGCGCGGGAGAAUUGAAUUCAAGAAGGACGCGGAUCCAGAAUGGCGACGACUUGUGGAAGGGCUCUUGACGCGCGAGCCCACGAAGCGCAUGAGUUGCCUGAGUGGCGCCGUCGAGUCGCAUCCAUGGUUCGCCGGGUUUGCGUGGGACGAUCUGCUCGCGCUCAAGAUGCCGGCACCGUGGACACCCAACAUCGUUGCAGGCGACGACGUGCGAUGGUUCAGUCCCGUCGACGCGGAGGAGCUGAAGGACCUCAAGGAAUGGGACUUUGUCCGGCCAGAGAAAGAUUGGAGCGCGUUUUAAGUCACGUGGAUUUGUGUUUGUGUGAGGAGUCC